AUGUUCAACCCUACAUUGGGGAUAAACUUUGACACCAGCAGUGCUCCUCUUGCCAUUCCUCCUGCAAUGAAUGGAUAUUUGCUUCCCCAUCGUCUGCCGAUGUUGCUGUUUAUCUCGAUGCCGAAGAUAGAGGUGGCAGCGGAGGCAAGGAUGCCGAGUAGGUUACUGGGGAGGGGCAGGACAUGGAUGUUAAAGCCUGAGGGCUUUGUGCCAACGGUAAAGAGCUUGGCUUAUUUAUCUGUGGUAAUACUUAAAGUGAAGCUAAUAAGUGGCAGGGCGGCAAACCUUGAUGACUUCAUAGGGACCUUCCCAUGUUGGUUCGAGGGUACCUUCGGCUGA